AUGUUUUCGGCCGUCCCGACUCCGCCCUCAGUCCCACUCUUCUCGCCCAAGUCCUCUCCGCCAGGCACGGCUCUUGCGCCAUCAGGCCAGCCCCCCAGACCAGACAUUUGGGUCAAAACACGCCCGGUCCCGUCCGGCCGACCGGGGGCAAGACAAGGGUGUCUCGAUUUUCGCCGGUCGAUCGGUUUCGAUAUGGGCAUACACCCUCUGCAAGGGCUGAUUAUUAGUUAUGCUCGAGUAACUGUACGCCUCGGCUCUCCUCUUUCUCGGGCUGUCCCUCGGGCGGCUGCGUGGCCUCAGCUGGAGGCGAGUCGGGCCGAAGUGACCGUGUUUUCCAUGUCGUCUGGGGAGCUGGAUAGGGUUGUUGGGGCGUCUGGUGGCUGA